AUGGAUAUUGGGAAGAUCAAUCGAAUACUGAUUGGACAUGACAACGUGGGUCUCCGGUCUGGCUGGUUCCUGGCCAGUGUCCAAAUCACGGUUCCAGUCCAGGGAAGGCAGUACAUGUUCCCCUGCAACCGAUGGCUCGACAAAGAUGAGGCUGAUGGCAGGGUGGAGGUGGAGGUCUACCCAAGUGAGAUUGUGCCUAUUGAGAAAUUGAUAAACUACGAGGUGUCUGUAGUUACCGGAGACAUGCGGGCCGCAGGCACCAAUGCCAAAGUCUUCAUGCAGAUUUAUGGCGAGACUGGCAAAACUGAAUUGAUCACCUUAGAAAACAGAUCGAACAACUUUGAACGGGGAGCCACAGAUAUAUUCAAGAGAGAGGCUGCAGAUGUUGGCAAGAUAUAUAAGAUUCGGAUAGGCCAUGAUGGGAAAGGCAUUGGGGAUGGCUGGUUCCUGGAAAGCAUCACGCUGAAGCGGCUUGCCACGAAGAUGAAGGAGUCUGAUAAAAAGAAGAAGAAGAAGAAGAAGAAGUCUGAGGAGGAGGAAGAAGAGGAGACCAAGGUGGAAGAAGUAAUGGAUGUCUAUACGUUUGUGGCACACCGUUGGUUGGCUAAAGACGAAGGAGAUAAGGAGCUUGUGGUGGAGCUGGUGCCUGAUGGAGAAUCUGCCCUGGAGGAGAAUACGUACGAAGUCCAUGUUCUCACUGGGAAUGUGUGGGGAGCUGGGACGGAUGCUAAUGUCUUCUUGAGCAUCUAUGGCGUAGGAAGAGGAGACACCGGUGAGCGCCAGCUGAAAAGGUCAAAUAACCUCAACAAGUUUGAAAAGGGCCAGGUGGAUGUGUUCACCAUCAAAGCCAUUGACUUGGGUGAGCUGAAGAAGCUGCGGAUCCGCCACGAUAACUCUGGUGCUAGCCCAAGCUGGUUCCUGGAGAGGGUAGAGAUUGUUGACCUCAAGGAGAGCACCACGUAUUAUUUUCCAUGCCAGCGAUGGUUAGCAGUUGAGGAAGAUGACGGUCAGAUUGUCAGGGAGCUGGUCCCAGUGGAUGAAGCAUUUGUAAAGAAAGAUUCGGAAAAUGAUGGCCAGUCUCUUGCAACGCUGGGCCUGGAACAGAAAGCUAAGUCAACAACAUACACUGUGAAAGUGAAAACCGGGGACAAGAAGAAUGCUGGGACAGAUGCCAAUGUCUUCAUCACUCUCUAUGGAAGUAAAGAUGAUACAGGAAUAGUCAGCCUAAAGGCCUCAAAGAUUAACAAGAACAAAUUUGAGCGUGGGAAGGUAGAUGAGUUUACAGUGGAAUCUGUGGACAUUGGAGACCUGAAAAAAAUCAAGAUAGGCCAUGACAAUAAAGUUGUUCCUUACGAGAUCACAGUCUACACCAGUGACAUCUUUGGAGCUGGCACAGACGCAGAUGUCUUCAUUGUUCUCUAUGGAACAGAUGGGAUCUGUACUCAGCAGAAAUCCCUGUGCCUCAACAAGAGAGAGCAAAGGAUGUAUUUUGAAAGGAACUCAGUGAAUCAGUUUAUUGUGGAGCUGGAGGAUGUUGGUGACAUUAUUGAAAAGAUUCGCAUAGGACACAAGGGUGGAGGACUGAACUCUGGAUGGCAUUUGGACCGUGUGGCGAUUCGGAGACUGUUGCCAAACGGAAAGGGCUCAGAAACUGUCACAUUUCCAUGUGAAAGAUGGCUUGUAAAGUCUGAAGACGAUGGGGAGAUUGUCAGAGAACUGGUACCAUCUGAUAUUUUUACUGAAAAACUCAUGAAGGACGGGACCCUCAAGCAGAUAGAGGAAGAAGUUGAAGACCCAUUAGAAGUUCACACGUACAAGAUCAGCGUGUUCACUGGAGAUAUUUAUGGUGCUGGGACAGAUGCUAAUGUUUUCCUAAAUAUCUACGGAGAUCUGGGGGACACAGGAGAGAGAAAACUCAGCAAAUCUGAAACGAACUUCAACAAGUUUGAAAGAGGACAGGAGGAUACGUUUGCUAUACAGGCUGUGGACCUUGGCAUUUUGUACAAGAUCAAGAUUCGGCACGACAAUAGCAUGUUCAGUCCUGACUGGUUCCUGGAAAAAGUAGAGAUCCUGGAUGAGACCACAGAGGAGUCAUUCGUUUUCCUGUGUGAGCGCUGGCUCUCCAAAAAGAAAGAGGACAAAAAGAUAGAGCGGACGCUUUAUGAACAGAGCUAUGACGGCGAGCGAAACAGCCUGGAUGGCUCAUCUCUCAGCGUAUCGAGUCAAGAUAGCAAUGCAAACCUGAAGGAGACUAAAAAAUCCAGCUUGGUUAAGGCAGCAGAAGAAGGAUCAUUGAUCCCGUACCACAUCACCGUCACGACAGGCACAGAAUAUGACUCCAGCACUGACAGCCGAGUGUACGUCAUCAUCAUGGGUCCUCAGAAAGUGCAGACGGAGAGGCUGUGGCUGGAUCUCCCGGAAGGAAAAGAUGAAUUUGCAGAUGGCUCUGUAGAGAAAUUCUCUGUUUGGGGCCUAGAUGUUGGGGAGAUCAAAAAAGUGGAGGUGGGGCACGAUGGCGCUACCCCUGAGAGCUGCUGGCUGGUGGAAGAGCUCACCAUCGUCGUGCCCACCAAAGGCGUCAUGUAUAACUUUGUCUGUAAGUGCUGGCUGGCCAGAGACAAAGGUGAUGGACUCACCUCACGAAUCCUCAACAUCCUGGAUGCAGACUGCGUUAACGUUGGCCUCAAGAUCCUCUACGAAGUCACGGUUGUGACUGGAGACAUUGAAAGCGGUGGUACCGAUGCCACUAUUUUCAUGACUGUCUUUGGAUCCAAUGGGAACACUGAGGAGAUGCAGCUGGAAAAAAAUGGAGACAGGUUUGAGCGAGGCCAAGAGGACAGUUUCAUUAUGGAGAUCGCUGAUAUCGCACCCCUCAGGAAGAUGAGGAUCCGGACGGAUGGGAAGGGGACUCGCCCGCACUGGUUCCUGGAAAGGAUCAUCCUGAAGAACCUGACCAAUCAAGAAGUGGCCACGUUUACCUAUGGUGAAUGGCUGUCAAAGCUGAAAAAUGCCAAGGGAAGUCUUGUGUGUGAGAUGCCAGCUGUGAUAAAUGAUGAGCAGAUGAUGGAGGACACAACAUACACUCUUCAGGUUAAAACCAGUGAUGUUGGAGGGGCAGGCACCGACGCCAACGUGUCCUUGAUCCUGUUUGGGGAGAACGGGGACAGCGGGACCCUGGCUCUGAAGGAGUCCAACAAGUCUAACAAGUUUGAGAGGAACCAGAUGGAUGAAUUCAACUUCUUGGACAUGCUGAGCCUGGGAGAUCUCUGCAAAGUGCGGAUUUGGCACGACAACAAAGGAAUCGCACCAGGUUGGCACUUGGAAUAUAUUGACGUGAAGGACUCUGCCAUGGACAAGACAUUUCGCUUCCAGUGUGAUCGCUGGCUGGCUAAAGGUGAAGACGAUGGGCAGCUCAUAAGGGAACUGGCUUGUGCCAAUAAUGACAUCCUGGAACUGAAGGAACGGACCGCCUAUGAGAUUGUCACAGUAACAAGCGACAGAGAGGAUGCAGAAACAAAGGAAAACAUCUGGAUCAUCUUGGAAGGAAAGCUGGGCCGCUCAAAAGAAUUCCUUAUGGAAAAUUCCUCCAAGAAAAGGAGAUUUGAAAGGGGAGCAACAGACACAUUUCAGUUUUCCUCAAAGAACGUUGGUGAUAUUGCGGCCAUCUGCGUUGGUCACUGCCCAAAAGAUGGGAAGAAGUCAUCUGCAAAAGCUGAUGUCUUCUGGCAUGUCCAAGAGAUUAUCAUAACGGAGAUGGAGCUUUGCAACAAAUACUUUUUCAGGUGCAAUGUGAAAAUCCCUCUGCGUUACAAGAGACGGGACUACAAAGUCUUUGAGUGUGCCAAGGUCACCGAGAGCUUUGCCAGCAAAGCCCGGAGCUUGGUGCCAGUCAAAUACGAGACCAUUGUGGUCACAGGCUUUGAAAAGGGCGCAGGGACUGACGCCAAUGUGUUCAUCACCAUCUUCGGGUUGAAUGGGGACUCGGGAAAACGGGCGCUGAAGCAGAAGUUCAGGAACCUUUUUGAGCGGGGCAAAACCAACAGGUUUUACUUGGAAACGCUGGACAUGGGGGAGCUAAAAAAAGUCCGGAUUGAGCACGACAACAGCGGUCUGGCCCCGGGCUGGCUGGUGGAGCGUGUGGAGAUCACCAACUCGGCGACUGGUGUAACUACCAUAUUUCCCUGCGGGAAGUGGCUGGAUGAAACCCGGGGUGAUGGGUUAAUCUGGAGGGAGCUUUUUCCUAGGUACUGA